AUGGAUUUGAGGGGAAAGGGCCUUGGUCACUGCCUAAAGAGACUUGGGAAGCUGGAUAACAGUGCUAGUAACUCUAUAGCCGGGCUAAGAGGCGGUGAAAUCAUCCAACACAUGGCUGCACACCGCUUUCUGAUUAUGCUUCCCCAGAAGAUAGCUUCAGGAUGCGAAACUUUGAUUCCCUCCAUCUCGGCGAUAAAGAAGUCCGUCGGAGUCCUGCAUGGUACCCUGGUUAAUGUAUUCUCUUCCACUUCACGGAAGGACUGGGUUCUAAAUCUGGUUAGCUGUGCCCUAUACCCCCCAGAAAGAGUUGAGGGAAGGGUGGCAAGAGCCUCGAUGAUGUUGGAGCGGAGGAUCGAAAAGAAAGAAGAGAUUGUGAGGAUUGUGAAGAUAUUCCUCUCCGGUAUCGUUCCCUAUCAGCAGAAAGAGCUCCACAUUAACUCUGAGUUGACUCCUGUCGCUUACUUUGCGAACGGGCCUGAAAGAGGCAACAGAUUUCAUAAGGAAUUGAGUAUUUUAUUGCGGUGCGCGCUGUCAUGUCCAUGGCACUUUCAAGCGGUGGCCAACUCACUUGUGAAACACAUUACUUAG